UUACACGUGAUGAUCUCACCUCCAUUCCCUUCCGUCAUGCUGCGAUGUUCGCCGGGUGUGGCGCGUAGCUGCAGAAAACUAUUGCUGUCUCGCAGGCUGCUGUCGAGUGUCGGUAGCCAAUGCGAAGAAUACGACGUGGUCAUCGUCGGCGGUGGCCCAGUGGGACUUGCUCUAGCUAGUGCUCUUGGAUCUAGCCAGAACGUCAGAGACAACCUGAAAAUAUCCCUUGUCGAAGCUGGGGACUUGUCAAAGGUCCGCGAAUGGUCGCCAGUCGACGGAGCCUUCAGCAACAGGUGCAUCUCCCUCACCAAUGCAUCUCAGGCAUUCCUAAAAGGCAACGUAACGUCUUAUGUCCUUGAGCUGUGCUACUGAGCAGUCGUCGUAGACACUGGUGCAUGGAAGCAUGUGGACGAAGCUCGCACAGGUCCCAUCGAGGAGAUGGAGGUCUGGGAUGGGAUUUCGGAUGCCAGAAUACACUUCUCUGCAUCUGACAUUGGCCUGGAUGAGAAUACACAGGGAAUGUCACGAAUAACAGAGAACAUCAACCUUCAACGAGGACUGCUGCGAUAUCUAAGUACCAUGCCGGACUUGCACCUCAUCGACAAAACCAAGAUGACAUCUAUUGUCAGAGAACAUGAGGAUGCUGGUGGUUGGCCAUUGGUACAUCUGGAUAACAGUAAAAUACUUCGGGCCAGGUUGCUGAUUGGCGCCGAUGGCUUCAACUCCCCCGUGCGCAAAUAUGCACAAAUCCCUUCGUACGGUUGGUCUUAUGAUACUCAAGCUAUUGUUGCAACCAUGUUCCAUUCUCCCCGUGGUCCCCUUCAGAGACCUAAUACCACCGCUUAUCAGAGGUUCUUGCCUACUGGGCCUAUUGCCUUUUUACCCAUUUCUCCUACAGCCUCAUCUUUGGUGUGGUCCAUCCGACCACACAUAGCAACAGCAAUUAUGGCCUCCAGUCUGUCUGUUCUAGCUCGCAUGAUCAAUGCCGCCUACCGCCUGCCUCAUGAUUCUCUACAAUAUUUAUAUAAUCGGAUCCUCGAGCACCAAAACGCUGGAACUCCUAUAUCCGUUGACGAAGUCAUCGAAGAAGUCGAGUUUCGUGAACGGGCUCAUGGGAUUGAUACAACCUCGGCCUACUCUUCAUCUCAUACGAUGGAGAAUACGGUCGAGAAUCAAGGUGUUCCGCCAGCUGACUCCGAGAUGUUACCACCCCUUGUAACUUCGAUUCAACCUGGAACGGUUGCAUCAUUCCCUCUGCGUUUCAAUCAUACCGAAACAUACAUCGGUGAAGGACGAGGAAGUCGUACAGUUCUUGUUGGCGACGCAGCACAUACUGUACACCCCCUUGCUGGGCAGGGGCUAAAUCUUGGUCUUGCUGAUGCGGAGUGCCUCGCGAGAGUCAUUAAUAACGCUGUUCUCAGUGGCUCGGAUAUCGGGACCCAUGCGUCCUUACUACCGUACACCCAAGAACGCUAUUUCCAGAACCACAAAAUGAUGUCCGUCUUCGACAAACUCCACAAGUUGUAUACAACGUCUUUCGGGCCGAUAGUACAGGCCAGAUCCAUGGGCUUGGAGGUUCUUAAUGAGUUUGAUACGGUUAAGGCUGCGAUCAUGCUGAAUGCAGGCUCUCAACCGCGACAAAAUGAAGCUAGCCUGAGGUCGACGGUGUUUAAUUUGGCCGGCUCCGCCCUCGAAACUGCCAGCGGUGUGAAGAAAGCUGCCGACCUCACCAGAGGGGCUGUCGGUAGUAUGGUCAUGAAUGGCAUCCAGCAGUGGAUGAAAACAUCGCGUCCGGGACAAAGCUCAUGACAGGUGUACCUACCAUAAAGAUAAGAGAAUAACUGCGAUCCAUGCUAUGUGUCAGUUCCAUUGAUCGUUACCACGACUUUCGUGUCACCACAGAAAACACCUCCGGACCUACUUCUAUGUGCACUCUGCGAACAGACAACGGGAAGUCCAUGCGCAUGCAAGGACGUGGAUACUCAUCCUUUGCUCUACUCAAAGACUUCUCCAGUUCAGCG